AUGCUAUCUUGUACGGUGUCGGCGAUCAUGUCAACGAUCUUGUACAUGAUGAUUGGCUUCGUCCCGGAUGAGCACAUUCGCGAGUGGGCGCAAGGCAUCUCCUGGAUUGUUGAAGCUCCAACGUUUAGCUUCAUCGCGGGCGUAGUUGCCUGGGCCCUGGAUAUCCUCCUCCAAGGUGCCCUGCAUGUGCAGGGCAGGUGCUCUGCUUUUUCACGGAUCUAG